UCUCCCAACACCCUUUACUUAAAAUAAUACCCACCCCAUAUUUAUCCCCAAUUCAUUAAACCAACCCCCCCAUUCCCCUUUUUUCUUCAUUUCUUUGCUCUUUUCUGUUGUUCAAAGCCAAGAAACAUUGAAUUAUGGCUCAAAAGAGGGAGAAAGAAGAGACCGAGCUCAAGGUCCCCGAAAACUUACCCAGAUGCACCCCCUCGCAGGCGAUUCCGCCGCCCCCUCCCCAGCUCCCCCCCGCACGAUCUCCAGAUACCUCAGAUCCGAAGGUGGCCACCGCCUGUGACCAGAGAAACAGCUCCGCCAGCUCUCCGGUGAAGCCCGAUCUGGUUGAGAAGCGGGGGGGCCUGAAGAGACCGAGGGAGGUCACCCGGUGUUCGGGUUCGGGUUGCAGGAAACGGAUCGGGCUUAUGGGUUUCCGGUGCCGAUGUGGGGACGUGUUCUGUUCGGAGCACAGAUACUCGGAUCGGCACGACUGCAGCUACGAUUACAAGGCGGCGGGUAGGGAGGCGAUUGCGAGGGAAAAUCCCGUGGUCAGAGCUGCGAAACUUCUUAAGGUUUGAAGACGAGCAAUAUCGUCAAAAUCAAUCGAAGAUCUAGGGUUUUUUUUCCUUUUUUCUUUUUUUUAAAAAAAUUUUAUGAUGUGCGUUUUGGGUAGUUAAGUUGGGUUAAUUCGUAGAAUUCCUCUGUUAGCGGUUUGCCGGAGACGAGACGACGAUGGCUGUGCUUUCCUGUAAAUUAUGAUGAAGGAUAGGGGCAUUAUUGGCAUUUAAAUUUAAUUAUUAUUUAUCAUAAAUGAAAUGGCAGCAGAAAUUAUUGUUCUUCAA